AUGUACUCACCUGACAACCCAAACACUACCGAUAUGCCAUAUGACAGCGAUAGCGAUGUUGCGUCGUGUGCAUCUGAUGAGGUCAAUAUGGAAGACCUAAUAGAGCACGAUAAAAAUAUUGAUAACGAAAAUGAACCUGAUUCCGAUGAAUUAGAGACAAACCCAGUGGAAGCAUCAGUAGCUCUAUUUGCACCACCUGUGCAGGGAAGCAAGCGUAAGCGUGUGUCACGUGUAAUGUGCAUAGAUGGACAUGCUGUACUGCGAGAAAAUAACUACACCUUACAAGAAGGAUUCAUAGGUGAAGGAGAGACACAUAAGGGGUUCGCGGCGGAUGGCAGUGGUGAAUAUGUGGUCAAUGCAUUGGGACAUGUGAUCACGACUAAGGAACACGCGCGUAUGCAGACGUACACGCAGCGUAAGAAGAUGC